GACCCCCAUGCUUAUGUCAGUCAGCAUUUCGCCGUCGAGUCACGAUCGCCGCACGUAAUUCUGGUCCUUUUCUGUUACAACGAUCAGCGGGUACAGCUUCCCUUCGCCGAGGAGCCGGUGCAGUGGUUGCAUUACGUGGUGCCUUCUGCGUGUGUUCCAUGGAUGCAUGAAUCGUGAUCGACGAGUUGUGCGCGAUGAGAGUAACGAUCUACGGGUCCUUGUAAAGUGGCAUUGGCAGCUGAGACGAGCGCGCGAAUUUCGAACAUGAGCCUCGGUACCGAGUGGAGUGAGUGAAACCCGCGCGAGAUUAUCGCGUCCCGCAGGAGCUUCGACAGAUUUUUGUAUGUGAUGUUCCCCUCGUCGGCAGCGAUGCUGAAGAACUUGCAACAGAGCGCCAUGACCACGUCACCGUUCCUCAUGGAGAACUUGCUGCAGAGCAAGGGUCCCGGCGGCGACUUUGCCAGUCUGACCCUGAAUCUGGCGAGCUACGUCGCUCGGCAACGGGAGAGAAUGGAGUCCGAAAGCAUAAGGGUCGAGCGGGAGCAGCAGGACCUCGAGAGGAUCCACGGACGGAGUGCGGAGAGGUCGAACUUCGGGGACUUCGACCGAUGCAGGAUGGACAGAGCGGCCAACGAGCGGGUUCAAGGUCUCAAGGACCUCCGGACCGACAGAUCCCAGGACCUCGACCAAGAGAGGAGGUCCAGCUCGGUCAUGGACGCCGACAACGAACACGGAACCGACGGCGGUAUAGACAGGCUUAACAACGUGAUGGAAAGACUCGCCGAGAGGAUCGAGAACCGUUCCAACUCGGCAAUGGACUAUCACUCGAUGGAGGAGGAUAGGGUCUCGGGCGACGCUGAAACCGGAUCUCAGGAGCGUGACAGACUCUCGAUACAAAUGGACAGGGGAUUCGAUGUCGGUAGAAACGUCAUGAGAACUUCGGACGAGAUGAGGAUGCACAUCGAACGCGAAGGCGACAGGAUUGACAGGAUCAGCGAGGAAACUUGCACCUGUGGAGAUGAUCGGUGCACUGGAACCGGGUGCAGGAGGAUUCAGGAGAAGGAGAAACCUCAGCUGAAAUUCAGCGUCAACGCCAUCCUCGGCGGCAAUCACGAUCGGCGGCCCAAUCCUGAUACCUUCCAAGGCCUGCCGCCUGGAGCCAUUCCAGCUUUCCUUCACAAUCUCCAGAAUUCCGCGGGUUACAAUAUCGCCAAGCCGAUAGCCAGGCCCGCAGCUUAUCAUCCCCAUCAUACGGCUCUCCCUGGCCAUCAUCCCGGCCAACAUCAGCUGCCGCCGAACGCCCAUCACACCCUCCAUCAGCUGCUGGCUUGCAGAGGACCUUACCUCACUGUAGCGACCCCAGGAGCGGGAGGGCAUCACCCUGGGGCCCCGGGUGGAGGUGGAGCUUUUCCAGGCGCAAUGCAAGGCAGCCUUGGGGGUCUGGCCAGCAUGGGUCUUGGGGGCCUAGCGGGAGGUUUUCCGUGGGCAAGUAGCGCGCGAGGAAAGCCUCGUCGAGGAAUGAUGCGAAGAGCGGUCUUUUCGGACCUGCAGCGACGGGGCCUGGAGAAGAGGUUCCAGCUUCAGAAGUACAUUAGCAAACCGGACCGCAAGAAACUGGCGGAGAAGCUUGGCCUGAAGGAUUCGCAGGUGAAAAUAUGGUUCCAAAAUCGGCGCAUGAAGUGGAGGAACAGCAAGGAACGAGAGCUGCUGGCCGCCGGAGGUUCGCGAGAGCAGACUUUGCCGAACAAGAACAAUCCCAAUCCGGACUUGAGCGACGCUGACGGAGACAGACCGAGACUUGAUCUGAGCGAUGCGAGUCCUCUGACCAGUCCGCAAAGGCCGGACGAGCAGACGGACAACGAGGACGAGGAGGAAAUCAACGUCACGUGAUAAAAUGAGCGAGUUUUGUCACCUCAAACGGGGGCGGGCUGCGAGAGAAUCGGUUCGAAUUCCCUUGUUGCAGGAAGAAUUUGCGCGAUAUUUCAUUACGCAAUAUUCCCUGGAUAAGGACUAACAUUCCUGUUACGAUACGAUAAAUUUUCCUUGCUAUCCGCCGGGUCGAAUUUUGAUGUGGCUUGAUUACGGUUGGGCUGUUGAGAUUUUGGCCGAUCGUCAGGCAUGCUUCAAGCAACGUGCCGAAUGCCAUAGGAUAUUUUGCCGUUGUGAAAAUCUGGACGAAUAUUGGAAAUCAAUUUGCACCGGUUUUGAAUCCGUUCUAAUUACCUGCGUUCGUCGAAUUUUCUUGCCGUACGAAUUGGUUCCAAUAUUUUUUCGCGACUUCGAGUGCUUUUCCUGAUUUUUCUAAGAUCGUAAUAAAUUUGUUAUUCCUGAAAAAUAUGUUUCUACUUAACCAAGCGCGUCGUCGCUCUGCUCCGAUGUGCGGUAUCGAUUUCGAAUAAUCUAUUACAAACACCAAAGUAAAGUAUUCCUGUAUUUAAAUUUAUGAAAAAAAUGUAUUAUAUUGUAAUUAGCACUGACCGUAUCUUGAAAAAAUAUCUUCUAAAUUAAAUUAUUAUGGGAAGGUACGCGAGCGAUGUGCGGUUGAAAUUGUACGUCGCGGAACAGCGGCCGAGAUUAAAUUAUAUUGUAAGAAUAAGUCCACAACCAAAAUGUAACUAUAUUACU